CGGGGCGGAGGCGUGGUCGUCUAGGGGGCGGCUCUCCGGUGCCGCCACUGACUCUGCCGUUCGCGCUGCGCCCCCUCAGACGGCUCCUUCUCGAACUGUCGUCGCUGUCCGUCUGCCUCGCUCGCUCGCUCGCUCGCAGACAUGCUGUCCUGGGGCUCGGUGUCGUGGUGGCUGCCCCUCUUGGCGGUCGGGUUGUGCCUGGUGUUGGGAAGCGCGGCGGAGACGAGGGCGUGCGCUGCCUGCCAGCCCGAGCUGUGCGAGCCGGCGCGGUGCGUGGCGCCCGAGCUGACGGCGCGGGACGAGUGCGGUUGCUGCGAGCGGUGCCUGAGCGCCGAGGGGGAGCGGUGCGGCGGGGCUCGAGGCGCUCGCUGCGGUCCGGGGCUGGUGUGUGUGAGCCAGCGUCCAGUGGAGCCACUGCUGCCGGAGGCCGCCGAAGAAGAGGGCACCGGGCACUGCGUCUGCAAGGAAGACGGUGCCGUCUGCGGCUCCGACGGCCGCUCCUACAGCAGCGUGUGCGCCCUCCACCUCCACAGCUGGCGCGCCCUCCACGGCGGACGGGAGCGCGUCCGGAAGGCGCACGACGGCGAAUGCAAGCUGGCUCCUGCUAUUGUUGUGCCACCAAAAAGGAUUCACAAUGUAACUGGAGCUCAGGUCUACCUAUCCUGUGAAGUGAAAGCUGUCCCAACGCCCAUCAUCACCUGGAAAAAGGUCACUGAGUCCCCAAAGGGAGUUAAGCUCCUAGAAGAAUUGCCCGGAGACAGAGUCAACAUGGCAGUUCAGGUUCGAGGUGGUCCUUCUAAGCAUGAGAGCACAGGCUGGGUUUUGAUUAAUCCACUGGCAAAAGAAGAUGAGGGUGUUUAUCAGUGUCAUGCUACAAACAUGGUGGGAGAAACACAGGCAGAAGGGAAUAUUAAAGUCCUAGAGCAAAGUAAAAAUAAGAAGGCUCAAUUCCCAGCAUCAGACAGCAUGUAGCAAGGAAGAAGUGAUUUGACUACCUCUGUGGGAAUCAGGCCUGAGCAGACAGGAAACCCAUGAAAUAGUAAUUUGCUUUCUUAUUUGCUGAGAACUAGAGAAGGCAAUGUUUUGAUACUUCUUGAUUAAUGAUGCUGUUUGUACUUUUUCCUAGUGUCUGAUUAAUACUGAACAUGUAGUUAAUAAUGUAAUAAAUGCUCAAUAAAAGCAUGUUUUUUACUAUUUUAA